AUUAUUAUGUGAGUUUAUUAGAAUGCUAGAAUGUUGCUCGGCCUCGUUGUGGGCUUAUGCAAUUUGAUCCUAGUCUAAAGAGGCGCUCGAGCACUGGGAGUACACGGCCUACAAUGCGAACCCUGCUUCUGAGGCGUCUUUCUACUCUCUACUUCUGCUGUCUUCUCUUGGCUUCCUCAGCCUCAGUCAGGAGAGUUGCCUCUCCUCACCUUGGCCUUCGGUCACCACCUACUCUACCUCCAUUCAGCUUCCUCAGCCUCAGUCAGAAGAGUUGCCUCUCCUCACCUUGGCCUUCGGUCGCCACCUACUCCUCCUCCAUUCAGCUUCCUCAGCCUCAGUCAGGAGAGUUGCCUCUCCUCACCUUGGCCUUCGCUCAAGCUCGGUACGGGCUCGCCCCGUCUUCUUCCUCGCCCUCGCCUUGCUCUUCCUCCAUGUCUUCCUCUUCUUCGCCAUCUUACCUCAUCUCCACCCGCAGUCGGUCCUUCUUGUCCACCUUCAGCGAGCAGGCCAGCACAUGCAUCUCUGCGAAUUUACUCA